GGAAGGAGAGAGAAAAUGGCGUCCACGGGGCGGCAGCCCAAGCCCGAGCGCUCUUCUGUCUCACCGAGAAGACGAGGAAAAAAAGCAAAUAAACAAAAAAGCAUAUAUAGAAAAGUACCUAGAGUAUAUGUCCACUUUGACGAAGAAUUACAGCGCGAACUCCCAAGUAACCACCAUUCAGACCAAGAAAUAGAACACUGUCAGCACUCUGGAGAUUACAGUACCUACAGCCAAGCUGCAGCCCAGCAGGGCUACAGUGCUUACACCGCCCAGCCCACUCAAGGAUAUGCACAGACCACCCAGGCAUAUGGGCAACAAAGUUACGGAACCUAUGGACAGCCCACUGAUGUCAGCUAUACCCAGGCUCAGACCACUGCAACCUAUGGGCAGACCGCCUAUGCAACUUCUUAUGGACAGCCUCCCACUGGAUAUUCUACUCCAGCUGCCCCCCAGGCAUACAGUCAGCCUGUCCAGGGGUACGGCACUGGUGCUUAUGAUACCACCACUGCUACAGUCACUACCACCCAGGCCUCCUAUGCAGCUCAGUCUGCAUAUGGCACUCAGCCUGCUUAUCCAGCCUAUGGGCAGCAGCCAGCAGCCACCGCGCCUGCAAGACCACAGGAUGGUAACAAACCCGCUGAGACUAGUCAACCUCAAUCUAGCACAGGGGGUUACAACCAGCCCAGCCUAGGAUAUGGACAGAGUAACUACAGUUAUCCCCAGGUACCUGGGAGCUACCCCAUGCAGCCAGUCACGGCACCACCAUCCUAUCCUCCUACCAGGUCAGUCUUCUCAUUCUUGUUCUUGUGGCCAGUGAGCUAGUAGAAUAACAAAACA